UACAGGUAUAUGUCAAGUCACGACUGCGCGGUGGACGAGUCUUUGGCUUGGUGGCCGAAAAAACUGUACUUGGAUGCAGCAGCUAAAGAACUCAGGAAGAAUUUUUUCGAAGGAGAAGUGGAUCAGUGCUGGGUCCAGUUGGAGAAAAUCACUCUGCCUGAAAAUGCGGAAAAUGCUGAAAGCGACCGAAGUGCUCACGAAAAGUCCGAACCGGAGACUCGAAAGGCAAAAGAAUGCACCUAUUGUAAAAAAUCAGUGGCAGACAUGAGGGCGCACAUAAUUAAAUAUCAUAAAGAUGCAAUCAGGUGCGAUCACCGACUGUGUGCCACGUAUUUUCUCAGUCCAGAAGAGAAGAAGGAACACUUGAAGGAAGCUCACGCUGACAAGCAAAAUCUAAUGGGGGAUGAAUGCAUCUAUUGUAAAAGAUCAGUAACAGAUAUGAGAAAACACAUGAGGCUACAGCAUAAAGAUGCAAUAAGGUGUGAUUUAUACCAGUGUUCCACGUUUUUUCACACUGUGGCACAGAAGAAGGCCCACAUGAAGCAAGCUCACCCUGACUGGAAAUUUUUGGGGACAGAAAAAGUAAAGGUGCGGACCAAAAUUGAAUGUGCCAUCCCCUUGUGCAAGAGGACAUACUCGAGACUCAAGCACUACCGAAGACACGUCCAAAUAAUCCACGCCGAAUACACUGCCAAAUGCGGGUUUAAGGGCUGUUUGAAGUAUUUCAAGACUGAAAUCCAGUUGAAGAAUCACAAUUCGUCGGAGCACAAGGUCAACAAAGAGCUGCUUGAGAAGAAAAAACCGUUCAAAUGUGACCAUUGCCCAUUUAGAACCAGUACGUCCACAAUCUUGCAAAUGCACGCGGCAAAAAAGCAUUUGCCAAAAGUUUUGGAGUGUGACAUCUGUAAGAAAAUGUUUGCCACAGUUUUGGCUAUCAAAAUCCAUAUGAGAGGUGAGCACACGGUCAAAGUGUGUCGCAAAUGCAAGUGUAAGGUCAGAGCUGCAAGAAUUUCUGAGCAUAAUUUUGGGAGUAACUGUAGAACUUGCGGAAAACACUUUGCCUGUUCAGGUUUGUUUAAGUUACACAUGAAGCGUGGUAAACACCUCGGCGUAAUUAAAUGCAGCGGGUGCAACAAACCGUUGGAAAAGAAGACUACUCUGCAAUGCCACACAAGAAAGUGUCAAUUUUGCAAAAACAAGCGGCGUUAAUUCCAAUGAGUAAUUCCUUGUAUGUAAAAUAGGUUAUGAAAAUUUGUUGGAAAUUUCAUGAUCAUU